CGUCGGCCGGCCGCAGUUCAUUCGAAUCGGAAACUUGUAUUCCAACGGAAGCAAACGCCCGUUUGCUGUUCAGGUUCAAGCGAUCGCCGCAACUGUCCUAUCGCCAUCCAAGGAACGUGAGUGCGUUGCGCGUAGAGUGGACUGAAGACCUGGUACAUAGUAGCAAAGCAAUAUUCUAGGACGAUCGGAUCUCUCUUGGUGUGAACAGGAACCUCGCGUAUCAGAAUGGCCAUGACGACGUACGUGUUACCGGUGGUGGUGUUGAGUGCAUUCUUCCUUCAGCUGCACGGCGUUCCUCUGCCGGGAACUUCCGAAGGUGGCAAUGGUAUCCAUCCUUUGAAUUCGCUGUUCCGCCCGGACGAAGGUGACUACUGGAGCGGGAGCAAUGAAACGCUGGAUAGCAAUAGCACCAACGGAACCCACAAGGACCUGUACGUCAUCAAAGCCGUAGUUUACGAAAUCGGCAUUCUGGUCGAUGCGCCCGACAACGAUACGGAAGGCAUCGGAGAGGAUCCCAUUACCGAGCAACAAGUGGAUCUGACCUUCUUCAGUCACGAUUCGAACAAAACCCACAUCAAUCUGGGUGACAUCCCGGUACCGGUUGCAACCAGUGUCAACGGACAGGUGCUGACCGGUAUCGCACCGGUUCACCUCGGAGCCGUGUCGGAUUUGCACGAUCUGGUGCAGACGCUUCCCAUCUCGGGCACGAUCGUGAACAUCACGCAGACCAACAGUUCGUAUGUAACGCUGACGCAGAAGGACAUCGAAGAGAUCGAGGCGGGUUCCGCCGAAGCCGUGGACGUGCCCGAGCUCACCAAUCUACCCAUCAUUCCGGCGGGUGCCAAUCCGCUGAUACCGAAUGCACUGGAUAACGUGGUGACAAACUUGGCAGCGACCGGAAAGAAUUAGGUGAUUCAAGCGAAGCGGAGCAAAAGACCGAAAUGACAAAAGUCGCACGUUGUGACGUCUGUUUGUAGAGUAAAUUAUGAUAAGUAUGUGAUAUGAUGUGGGACGGCGUAAAUAAUAUAUGAGAGCAUCAUCGGAUGUGUUUUGCUACAAA